ACCUAAAAUUCAAAUGUAAAUCACGAGUUUAAAAAUUAAAUGAAUCAGCCAACCACAACAAAUAAUUCAACCCGAAAUUAGUUUGCGAUUGAAACGCAUUCAUCAAUUUAUCUGAUACGAACCGAACAUACCUAAUUGUUACAUCGCUCACCGAAUACAAGUUUUGUAGUUCAGAAUGCCUACGUUCGAUAACAAAACGCACCGAAUAGUAUAUCAAUAGCACGACGACUCGUAUCGAAAUUAUGAACAUUUUGCAAAAGUUUUACACGUCGCUUCUCGAUGCAGUGUCUAAAGUUAUCCGUAUCAAUGAACCAGUGCCAAUCAAUUAUGAUGCAACGCGACAACAAAUGCAAAAAAUUCGCGAAGAACAUGCACGGAACCAGGACUAUGACUAUUCACAUAUCUUCAGAAAAAAAUCGCAAAUGGAUUUGAUUCGAGUUUCAUUCAUUGUCGUUGGACUAGAAUUCGCUUACGCUGCAGAAACAGCAUUCACUUCACCAACACUUCUAGAAAUCGGCGUCGAACAUAAGCACAUGACAUUCGUGUGGAGUCUAUCACCGUUUCUGGCACUAGUUUUUUCCCCCAUUUUGGCUACGAUAAGCGAUAAAUGUCGUUUACAUUACGGUCGUCGCCGACCGAUGAUAUUAACGUUUACCGUGUUAAUUAUAACAGGUUUGCUACUAUUCUGUUUCGGAAAGUCAAUCGGAAUAGCACUGGGCGAUGAGUCGAUCAACUCAGAAUCUGUAUCAGAAGACAAUGUAUACCACAGUCAUUAUUAUAAAUAUGCAGCGAUGGUUACGAUUUGUGCAACGAUAUUGUUGGACUUUAGUGCUGACAUCAUCAUAUUUUGCGCUCGAAUUUAUUUGCUUGAUGUAUGCGUAAUUGAUGAUCAUGCACGCGGUUUAAGUGUAUUUUCUAUGAUGGCUGGAGUUGGUGGAUUUUUUGGAUACUCCAGUACGGGAAUCGAUUGGGAGAAAACGAUGAUUGGCAAACUGUUCGGUGGAAAUGUUGAGACUGUUUUUGGCAUUGUCAUCAUUUUGAUUUCUCUCAGUUCAAUCGUAUCAUUGACAAGUUUCCGAGAAAUACCGUUACCUUUGAUGGAAAAAGACGAGCUUCUAAGGCCGUUAACACAUACUGCUGUAAAGCAGGAGGUCCAUCGGAAGAGAAAUACGAUUGAGAUUGUUCAAGAAGUGCACGAGACCGAACACUACGAACAAAGGAACGGUGAUGUGGAAAUUCAGAUUCCGUUGUUGAAAAGCGGAAAUGAUGAGAACACAUCCCUAACGCAAUAUCUACGUAGCAUUUUCAUAAUGCCACGAUUAAUGCAAAUAUUGUGCUUGACGAAUCUCCUUUCUUGGAUGGCAUUUGUUAGUUAUGCCCUGUAUUUUACGGAUUUCGUAGGCGAAGCCGUUUUUAUGGGAGAUCCAAUGGCUCCACCAGAUACAGAGAGUCUUACACUCUAUCAAAGCGGGGUGCGUUUCGGAUGUUUCGGUUUAGCAGUGUUCGCACUAUCUUGUUCAAUAUACUCAAUGUUUAUCGAAGCAUCGAUGAAUUUAGUUGGAGUUAAAUUCAUUUACGUGGGUAGCCUAACACUAUUCGGCGUUAGUAUGUUUUUGUUGGCUACAUUUCCGACUCAAUUGGGUGUUUUAGUCUUAUCUGUACCUGCUGGUAUUAUUUACUCAACUAUGUUAACAAUACCAUUUCUACUCAUGACAAAAUAUCAUGGAAGUGAGCUGUUUUUGGGAUCGCAUGAUCGAAAUAAGGGGUCUUCGAACUGCCGAGGACUUGGAAUGGAUAUGGCGGUGCUGAGCAGUUCUACUUGUAUAAGUCAAGUCGUUGUCUCGUUAAUAGCCGGUUCUGUGAUUGAAUGGAUCGGUUCAUCUAGUGCUACUAUUUAUUUGGCUGGUGUUCUGGGUUUAGUAUCGGCGUUUUCAGCUUCAAAAAUUUCCUAUUUGGACAUGGAAUGAUGAAACAAACAACCCAAUGCACCCCUGCCACAAUUAAUUUAUUUGUUUUUAUUUUGCUACCAAAUUUAAUUAAUAAAAACUUUUGUUGACAAAAAAAAA